AUGGGAAUCAGAGAAGACUUGCAUCCAAAAAUCAUAGAUGGCAAAACAUGGCUUGAACCAGGACCAUAUAACUUAGGCGGCAAGGGAAAGGGUAUAUUUUAUAAUAGGAUGAGAAAUUUGAAAGUUCCAUAUGGGUAUAGUUCUGAUCUUAGGAGGCAUUUCUGGAAGGAUGGUUGCUUGGGUGUCCUUAAGGCUCAUGAUUACCAUGUUCUUAUGCAAAAAAUAUUACCUGUAGCUUUGAAGGGACUUUUACCUGAUGGGCCAAGUACUGCGAUUAACCGGUUAUGUUCUUAUUUUAACGAAAUAUGCCAAAGGGUUGUUGAUCUGACUAGAUUAUUAGAACUUGAAGAAGAAAUUGUUUUGACUUUGUGUAUGUUGGAGAUGUACUUCCCUCCAUCAUUUUUUGAUGUGAUGAUACACUUGACAAUUCACCUAGCUCGAGAAGUGCGUUUAUGUGGACCCGUACAAUAUCGUAGGAUGUAUCCAUUUGUAAGGUAUAUGAAGAUAUUCAAAGAAUACGUAAAAAAUUAUGCACAACCUGAAGCAUGUAUAGCAGAGUGUUACUUGGAAAUGAAGUGCGUCAGGUAUUUAGAUGUUCAUGCAGACAAAGCAUAUGAAGGAGAAGUAAAUCAAAGCCGUAAUGAAAACAUUCAACAUGAUUCCACACCGGCAGGGCGUCCUCUUUCUAAAGGUGUUCAAGUGUAUAUUGGUAGUGAUAUGCUAAAGAUCGCUCAUAGAUAUGUGCUUUUUAACACAGCAGCAAUUGACCCAUAUAGAACAAUGCGCAUGGAUGAGUUAAGAUCCUCCCAUACUGACAGUGAAGACCAACUCCUUUCCAUACACUCAGACACAUUUGCAGAUUGGAUACGGCAAAAGGUUGAAAUGCAAAUUAAUCGAGGCAUAUCUGUAUCAAGUACAGUACAGUGGUUGGAAUAUGGUCCUUUAGAAAAAUGUGUCUCAUAUAAAGGCUUGCAAAUAAAUGGGUCAAGGUUUAUCACGAAGGAUAUUCUAAGAGUCACACAAAACAAUGGUGUUUUAAUUGAGUCAAAAUCUUUAGUUGCAGCAUCACAAAUAAGUAGUGGUUUUUAUGGUGUUUUAGAACAAAUUCUUGUGUUGGACUACCAGCAUAUGUUUCAAAUUCCCAUAUUCAAAUGUGACUGGGCUCACACCUAUUUUGGUGUCAAGCAAGAAAAAGGCUUUACAUUAGUCAACUUACGUCAGUAUAAGAACCAAUAUCAGAAUGAUCCAUUCAUUUUAGCGUCACAAGCCCGACAAGUUUUCUAUUAUCGAGAGUCAUAUUCGUCUAAUUGGUUUGUGAUGUUGAAACCACCACCUAGGGGUUUCCAUGAAUUAGAGCAAUACAAUGAACAUGAAGACACAAUAUGCCUACCGGUGGAUCCUUCAACUCUUGACUUACAAAUGGAUGACAAGCCCGAGACUUAUGCAAGAACUGAUGCUGAACCUAUCUUAGUGGUUCCCGAAAAGAAGAAGAAUAAGAAUAAGAAAAAGAAGUGUCACUAA